GUCUCUUCUUUUCGUAAACCACACACACAACAUCUUAAAUAAGAAGAAUCUUUAAAAAAUGUGUUACAAAAUUCUUCCACCUCUUGUUGUUAUUCCUUCGGGGAGCUUCCACGAAAAUACUCCGGUGGCAGAAGUGACGACAGUAGCAACCGUAAAGUCAGAGGUGGAAACCACAGCUGGUCACCGUAACGGUGGCGGUGGAAAGAAGAAGUGCGUAUGUUCACCGUCGAAGCAUCCAAGAUCGUUCAAGUGUAGGUAUCAUCAACAUGAAUAUCAAUGGCUUCCUUCAUCUUCUUCUUCUUCUUCUUCUUCUUCUUCGACUCUCCACAAAUAACACAUAUCAUCCAAUUCAUCAUGUAAUCAAUAAUUAUAGUUUUUAUAUUUUAUUACUCAUGGUUAUUUAAUUUGAGUAUUUCAAUCAAAGUAGAAAUUGUGUUGUGGUUCUUGUUUUUUUUUUUGUAUUACGAUGUUGUUUAAUCCCCCAAAAUUCUAAAACUCGGCAGAAAUAUUCGUUUUAAAGUAA